GAAUUUCUAAAUCAUAUUGUGUCAGGUGUGCACCCGGGCAGUAGUGUACUAGCAGUUAAAAAGAUUUAAGAUGUGUGUGAUAUCUAUCUGUCCCUGUAUGUAAUAUGUUAUAACGGUAUUAUUACCCAGUGCCUAAAUCACGAGUGCUAGUGUUGUUAGAUAAAAAUAACAAUUUACGUCGAAAUAAGUUAACUCAGAUCAUCAAGUUUAAUAAUAACGAAUUAAAUAAACUGCUUCUGUUUGUUACAUCAUUUCACCAUACGAAAUCAUUUUAGAGGUUGGGAUACAAAGUUAGAAGCUGUUACUAGUAAGAAUUGUUAUAAGGAUUGUAAGACAAAGAAACAAUAGAAUGAUAAACAUUGAUUACGAUAUUAGAAUAGUGUAUCAUGCUGCAGCAGAUGGCGAACUACGAAGGUUAAAGCGGUACUUAGAUAAUAGAGAUAGGUGCGUAGUAAAAGAAUUGGUGAGUACCAAGACUAAUGGAGCCACCCCCUUGGUGAUUGCCUGUAGAUAUGGACAUUUUGAUGUCGCUGAAUAUCUCAUUGAGAAGUGUGAUGCUGAUAUUGAACAACGAGGCUCAGUCGUAUUUGAUGGCGAAACAAUCACUGGUGCGCCACCAUUGUGGUGUGCUGCUGCUGCUGGACACUUUUCCCUGGUGAGACUGCUUGUGGAGAGUAGAGCCAAGGUCAAUGCUACUACCACCACUAAUUCUACCCCCUUGCGUGCUGCCUGCUUUGAUGGACAUAUUGGAAUUGUUCAGUAUCUUAUUAGUCAUGGCGCAGAUAUCGAGAUAGCAAACGAACAUGGUCACACCUGUCUGAUGAUAGCAUGUUUUCGUGGGCAUGUCGAAAUAGCAAAAUUACUAUUAGCUUUAAAUGCUGAUAUAAAUCGAAAAUCGCUAAAAGGCAAUACAGCACUGCACGACUGUGCAGAAAGCGGAUCUUUGGAGAUUGUAAAACUCCUUAUGGAUCAUGGAGCACGAAUGGAUGUGGACUCUUGUGGAAUGACCCCAUUACUAGCAGCUGCAAUAGCAGGACAUAUGAACAUAGUGGAAUAUUUGAUUGGAAUGCCACAACUAGUGUUACACAAAGACAAGAUUGACGCCUUACAGAUUCUAGGUGCUACUUAUGUUGAUAAGAAACGAGAUUUACUUGGAGCAUUAGAGUGCUGGAAACGAGCGAUGGAAGAAAGGUGUCGCGGUGAUGAACCAGUUCUUGAAAAACUACCAAGGCUACCAGUAGUUAAAGCUUAUGAUUAUGCUCAAGAAGUCAAUGAUCUAGCAGCUCUCGACGAUUUACUUGCUGAUCCUGAUGAGAUGCGGAUGCAAGCUCUAUUGAUCCGUGAGAGAAUUCUUGGUCCAGUGCAUCCAGAUACUAGUUAUUACAUCAGACAUCGUGGUGCUAUGUAUGCCGAUUCUGGACAAUUUGAUCGAUGCAUUGAGCUUUGGAAUUACGCUCUCGAUAUGCAACAAAGUGUAUUAGAACCAUUGAAUUCAAUGACACAAAGCUCAUUUAAUAGCUUUAUCGAUCUUUUUAGACUCAUGCUAGGAAAGGUACCUAUGCUGCCAGUGAGAGGAAGAAGAGUUCCUCCCAUAAAUGAUGAUGAAAUCAUGAGGGUUUUCAAAAAGGCGGUACUUGAGGUAAAAGUAGGAAAGCAAAUGUUGGAAAAAAUUCCCUACAACGAUAGAAAUCCCAACAAUCUGGAUCGUAUUUUAAUAACUGCUUUAUACCUUGCCGAUUUAUUAGUACAAUUCAAACCAGAUGCUGGAACUGGAAAAUCCGAAAUUGUACAUAAAGAAAUUUACGAAUUAGUUCGAAUCAACGCUAAAGAUAAAGCGGGUCGAAACGUGCUUCAGAUGGCCCAUUACACUGAUACAACAUCAAAAAAUCUUCAUCCAAUUCAUGAAAUAUGCUCGGCGGAUUUAUCAAGAGCUUUAUUAAAAGCUGGUGCAGAUCCAACUUCUGUUGAUGGACAUGGUAAUUCAGCUCUACAUCUCAUAGCUAUGUCUGACCCAUGGCGAGAAGAUUUAAUAGAAAUACUGUUAGAGUCAGGUGCACAUUACGAUGCUGUUAAUAAUCGUGGAAAAACUUUUGUGUGUAUAAUUAAUGAUAAGCGUCAAUAUGCAUCACAUAGUCUUAAAUAUGUUAGUCUUAUGUGUCUUGCAGCAAGAGCUGUCAGGAAAUCGAAUAUUGAUAUUAAUAGGAUACCUAAACAUCUUCAGAGUUUCGUUCUUUUACAUUAGUAGCGGUGGUUCAUGGUUCGAUUCAGUUACGAGUAACCAACAUAAAUUUAAAAAUAUUUAAUUUUUUGCGCCAAUAUAUUCUAUUAAUUUCAUAAAAUAAAAAAUAAUACCAGUGCUCUCCAAUGGUCUGGGUACAACCUGAAAAGCCGACAUGACUGGCGUCCCAGUGAAAAAACAAAUUUUUAUUGUUUUUAAAAUCAAUUAUUAUUAUCAUAAUGAUUGUAAUAAUUAUUAUUAUCGAAGGAUGCCUGGCCAGAGAUCCCAGGGCUCCAACACACCUGGGGCCUAACCAGACAGAGUUUAUCCUGCAGACACCCGACUCCCUCAGGUUUGAGGGUGAGCCGGGGCUGCAGCCGUUCAGUCAUUAGUUCAGCCGUCUUAGGAUUCUGAGAGAACCAAGGAUGACCGCUUUCUGCAUACGAGCUGUGAAAAUCCCAGCCUGACUACGGCAGACUGGUAUUGUUCGCAGCUCUGUCAGAAAGCGUUCCGUCAUCCCUCCGAGGGCACCAAUCACCAGGACUAUUAUCAUCAUUAUCAUUAUUAAAAGAAGAUUAGGAGCGGAAAUUUUGCAUUCAUUGCAAAAUUUAGCUAUUUUACCAUUUUUAACUUCCCAUUAGGAAGCUGUUAUAAUGGGGUCGAUUUUUGAAAUUCGUAAUUUUAUCAUAUCUUUACGUUUUUAGAAAUUUGGAACUAUAUUCGAAGGUUUAAAUAUAGAUGUAUGUAUGUGCGCACAUGCGUGCGUAUGUCAAGUUUUUUUUCGUUUUUGAUAUGUUGAGAAUCACUGAACACAUCGACUCGAACAAAUUAACUAGAACAAAUUCAAUUUAUAAUGAAUAAUUGAAAAUGAUUUUAAUUUUUUGAAUUAUCAUGACUAUAACUAUCUUCGAUUAAUACCGAUUAAAUAUUCUUAUAAACCACUUGAUAUGAUUAGACAAUUAUACAUUGUUUAUAAUAAAAGUAAUUUCUUAUAAUCGAAAAUACUAAAAGAUCAUAGAAUUAAGGAUUUCAAUUAAUGAGAAGUUUGUCGUUAGGGCACAAACGAAGUCCAGACCUAUUUUUUUUAUUUUUUUGAUUCUGUACAAAAAAAGCUGGACCGAUUUUGCUGAAAACGUAACCAGCUUUAAGUUGCAUAAUUAUGUGUCAAAUGCUAUUGAAAAUAUGUUAAAAUUUGGGAUGCGUAAAAUCAGACCCAUUACAAUAACUUCCUACAAGGCCGUUAAAAAUCCAAUGAAAAGAGUGAUAGUAGGAGUUGAAGAUUACAUCCCCGUUAUAGCAAAAAACUUCACAGUACGAGACAUACAAGUUAAUGAUGACAAAUUCUAGUUUAAAUAAAAGUUUGCAGAGGAGUAAAUAGAUCAUAAACAUCGGAGAUAAGGCAAUUCAUAUGGACAGAAGUGAUUUCUAUAAGUCCUACACGGUUCCUAUAUCACUUCAAUUUCAUCUUAUCAGCUCAAGUAACAAAAUUGAAAAGAUAUCUUCUCAUCUACUUUAAUACAUCUUCUUCAAUAACACAUCUAACAUUAAUGAUGGCAGAGUGAAAAAAAUAUCCGUCAUGAUUUAAUGGUGGCUACCAGUUUUAAAUUUAUGUUAAUUGCUCGUAAUAAAACUAUGGCUUUUCAAUCUAGUCGCUACUAAAAUAACAGCUCUAUGAUAUACUUAUACUUUUUGUUUUAUUGUUUAAAACCCUCUUUACCCUUUCUUUUCUUCUUUCUAAUAAUUACAAAAAAUCUUAUCAGAUUUAAACAUUGUUUUCUGGAUAAUUUAUCGGAUAUCAUCCAGUAAUAGCCGGGGUACAAAAAAGUUCGAAUGAAAGAAAAAUAAACAACAACAAAAAAAGAUUUAAUAUUGAAUUGAAGUGUGUUUUUUACGAUAAUAUUUUGUAAUAAUAAUUAUGAUAAAUAACGCGAAGCUUGAUUGCUACGUGUAGUACUGAUGCCUUUAUGUGAAUUGUGAUACACAUUUAUGUAUAAUAAAUAUAUUUACACGAA